AUGCAAGACUCUGUCCACAUUCCUGCUAGUUUUCCGGUGAAACACCGGUGGAAGACCUGGCCAAUGUUGAACCAGAGCAUCGUGAAUUGCCUCUAUGAAGCAGAAAUAGCUGGGUUCCAGCAUCAAGUCACAAUGACCUGGUGUAAAAACCUAGUGGCGCAUGGCCUCUCCAUUGCCCUAGAAAAACUAGGCACUUCAGAGAAUCACUACAUAUGCAAAAUCAAGCUCAAACUAUGGUACUUUUGGAUAAAAAAGGGGUUCAAAUCCUUCAAAAUCGAUGGCCAAAAGCUCGAUUUCUACUGGGAUUUGAGAGCUGCUAGGUUUUCAGAGAGCCUUGAAUCAUUUGCUAAUUUUUGUGUUGCUCUGGUUUGUGAAGAGGAGGUUGUUCUUUUAAUCAGGGAUUUGAAGGACGAUGCCUUCAAGAGAACAAAGGCUAGGUCGUCUUUGACAAAUGCAGCGCUGCUAUCAAAGAGAGCACGGUUUUGGAAAGAGCAACUUUGUAACCAUAGCGAGAUUUGA